UGAAAUACGUUUCCAUGGAGACAAACAAGUCUUCACCGUAGCUGCAGAAAUGACAUACGAGUACAAUCUUAGAAGACUGUUCUUGCCUCCAAUUGAGAGCCUCCCAAUUGAAGAUCAGCUCACUCGCUACAGGCAAAGAGAUCUCGUACCAUCUCAUCUACAUCGCAUUGGAACCCAUUUGUUUGGAGGGUGUUCCUUUAAUGCUCGUCGUAGAGUUGUAGAUGCCUCUCAAAGUGGUGUGAUUCAUCAUACACUGCUAAACACAUCUUUCGAUGGCAGGACACAUGAACGGUACGAUAGAACAUACGGUAGAUUAGUUAAGUCACUGUCCGAACCAUCUGUCAAGCUUUCUGAAUCUGAGAGUAAAUAUCGUAAGUGGAUUGCUGACAGGAAAGUGUUAAGACAUGACCUUGACAGCCUUGGACCUACUGAGAGAUGGCUAACAUCAAAAGAGCGAACUCCAUUAGAAACUUCUCUGUUGACAAGAUUGAGGAAUGAGUCAAAAAAGAAAGACAGAGCAAAUACAAAACCUGAGGUCGAAAUUUCUGAAAUUCCAUCUGACACCUCAGAAGAAACAUCUAAAUCACCUACCCCCCAAAAAGUGCUACUGAAAUUCAAGCGACAAAUAAUCAAGGAGAUCUCAGAUCUAGAACAAUUCCUUGCAGCUAAGAGAAGGCGCUUCAUUUCCUUACUAGCAGCCGCUGACAAGGCACAUAACAGAUACAUAUCCGUUUCUGAAAUGCUGAGUGUACUGAACAAAAUAAAAGCACCCUUGAGCCAGUCGGUUAUCGAGAUUUUGUUGCAAGUAUUGGAGAUCACAGACAAUGGGCUAUUGGAUUACCAACAGCUCAUUAAUGGAAGUAUUUCAGUAGUUAUUGAAGAACACUUCGAAUCACUGGAAUCAAAAUUAUUAUUUGUGGAGGAUGAAACUGACAAAAUGGAGCCUGUCACUAGUGAAGAUGUGUGGAUCACACGAGCUGCAGAUUUGGAAAAAAAGCACGGAGCUCCAGGCACACUCACGGGAGAGCAUGGAACCAAGGCUAAACACUACAAGCAGGAGGAGGUGAUGCAAUUCUCGAAAUUGAUCAAAUACUGCAAAGAAAACGGAAUCAUUCUUAAUUGGCAAAUGGCUGAGAAAGCUCUGCUUAGUCCACCGGACAAGCCUAAGCAGGAAUGUCUAGGGGAGUUACGACAAGCUGGGCUUUCACUGCUUUCUAGACAUUUUGCCGAAUCUCCUCAGGAACAAGCUCAAAUAAAACAGAGAGAUACAUACGAGGGGUUCGGCAAAGCUUACAAGGAGCUAAGGGGAAAAGGAAAAGCGACCUUUAUGAGACUACCCACUGGGGCUGCAAGAGUGAAAGCAAAAACUGAUUGCUGGCUAACUUAUGAUGAAUACUUGAAAUUAACGAAACGCAUCCGAUCAAAGCCAGGUUUUAAGUACAAAGAUCAUGGACUUCCAGACAACAAUGCUUUUUGGCCUGGAGCUCUCCUGGAUAAACUACGGUUAUGGAUGCCUCAAGAAACGCUUCUUGAUAAACCGUACUCCCUCUACAACGUAUUUCAACCAGUUCAACAACCAAGUAUCUACAAUCCGAUCGUCGAGCAAAAGAUGUCAUGGCCUGAGAAUACAUCUGGCUAUGUUCAGUUUGGUAGCCAGGAUAGAAAACAAUAUCAAUUGUAGACAUGCACACACACACACACACAAUUGUCUUUGUGGUUCCACAUGCAACUAUUUUCGAAUUAAAUGAUAUAACACAAUAUUGUCUUUGUGGUUCCACAUGCAACUAUAUUCGAAUUAAAUGAUAUACACUUGUACGAAA